CGAAGUGUGCGACGUCGGUUGAUCGUUUGUGAUUUGUGAUUUAUAUGUUUUUGCUACCCCCUGUUCUGUCAGCCAUUGUGUGUGUGGGCUGAUUUUGCGUCUAAUUUUUGUCUCACUUUUUUUCUCAUAGUUUUUUUUUUUGCGUGGAGGGGCAAGUCUCCGCCAAUUGGGGGCGCAUCGGUCAGUUGUGCGCUGGACGAGCAGCGACAAACAUCCGGUUACCGGGCAAAAAAGAAAACAAAAAGAACUCCCACAUACCACAGAUCCAUCAAUCGAAUCGCGCAUGGAAAACAUCUAAAACAUCUCCUCCAGACACCGUCUCGUGUGGUGUGAGAGUUUGGUUCUGCUUGUGUUGUGUUUGUGUUGUAUUUUUUGCUGUUUUUUGUUGUUUGUUUUCAAGUUCAAGUGGCAAAAGGUAGCGAGAAAAAGUGUGCUGAGCAUGGAAGUGCUUAAGAAAGACGCCGCCAUGGGCUCACCGAGCAGCGUCUUCUAUUUCCUGCUGCUGCCCACCUUGAUCCUGUGGUACAUCUACUGGCGCCUCUCCCGCGCCCAUCUGUACAGGCUGGCAGGACGUUUGCCGGGACCGCGUGGCCUGCCCAUUGUGGGUCACCUGUUCGAUGUGAUUGGACCCGCCUCAUCUGUUUUCAAAACAGUUAUCCGGAAGAGCGCACCCUUUGAGCACAUUGCCAAAAUGUGGAUCGGUCCCAAGCUGGUGGUCUUCAUCUACGAUCCACGUGAUGUGGAGCUGCUGCUCAGCAGUCAUGUCUACAUUGACAAGGCAUCCGAGUACAAGUUCUUCAAGCCCUGGCUGGGCGAUGGGCUGUUGAUAAGCACAGGUCAAAAAUGGCGCUCGCAUCGUAAACUAAUCGCACCCACAUUCCAUUUGAAUGUCUUGAAGAGCUUCAUCGAGCUGUUCAACGAGAACUCGCGCAAUGUGGUGCGGAAGCUGCGUGCGGAGGAUGGACGCACAUUUGAUUGUCAUGAUUACAUGAGCGAGGCGACUGUGGAGAUUCUAUUGGAGACAGCCAUGGGCGUGUCAAAGAAAACGCAGGACAAGUCCGGCUUUGAGUAUGCAAUGGCUGUGAUGCGAAUGUGCGACAUACUCCAUGCCCGACAUCGGAGCAUCUUUCUGCGGAAUGAGUUUGUGUUUACGCUGACGCGAUACUAUAAGGAGCAGGGCCGUCUGCUGGGCAUUAUCCAUGGCCUCACCACCAAGGUCAUUCGCAGCAAGAAGGCGGCCUUCGAGCAGGGCACUCGUGGAUCGCUGGCCCAGUGUGAGCUCAAAGCGGCCGCUCUGGAGCGAGAGCGUGGACAGGAGCAGGCGGAGAUUGGUGCUGGGACGACGACGGCGACGGAAACUGCUUGUGAGGGCACACCUGGGCUGGCUGGGCUCUCGUAUGGCCAGUCAGCGGGCCUCAAGGACGAUCUGGAUGUGGAGGACAAUGAUAUUGGGGAGAAGAAGCGUUUGGCAUUUCUCGAUCUGAUGCUGGAGAGCGCCCAGAACGGUGCCCUCAUCACGGACACGGAGAUCAAGGAGCAGGUGGAUACGAUUAUGUUCGAGGGUCAUGACACCACCGCCGCCGGUUCGUCCUUCUUCCUCUCACUGAUGGGCAUACACCAGGAGAUCCAGGAUCGUGUGAUUGCCGAGCUGGAUGGCAUUUUCGGUGACUCGCAGCGACCAGCCACGUUCCAGGACACGCUCGAAAUGAAAUAUCUGGAACGUUGCCUCAUGGAAACGCUGCGCAUGUACCCGCCCGUGCCGCUCAUUGCACGCGAGUUGCAGGAGGAUUUGAAGCUAAAUUCGGGCGAUUACGUUAUACCGCGUGGCGCCACAGUGACGGUGGCCACUGUGCUGUUGCAUCGCAAUCCCAAGGUCUACACGAAUCCCAAUGUCUUCGAUCCGGAUAACUUUCUGCCCGAGCGUCAGGCCAAUCGGCACUAUUAUGCCUUUGUGCCAUUCUCAGCGGGACCACGCAGUUGUGUGGGGCGCAAGUAUGCCAUGCUCAAGCUGAAAAUUUUACUCUCGACUAUUUUGCGGAAUUAUCGCGUCUACUCGGACCUCAGUGAGUCUGACUUUAAGCUCCAGGCGGACAUUAUAUUGAAGCGUGAGGAGGGUUUUCGUGUGCGCCUACAGGCCAGAUGAGCACCACAACAAAAAACCAACAAAAAACCAAGAAAAAA